AUGGACCCCAGCAAGCAAGAGGCUCUUAACAGUAUUGAGAAUUCUAUCUAUAAAACAGCCUUCAAAUUAUGCUCUGUGCAAACUCUGUGGCAAUGCAGCUUGGGAUCAGGUAUUUUCACUCGGCCUGUGGUUGCUGCCCUGGUUGCCCUCUCAGGAGACAGCCCACUUACAAAGUACAGAGCUCUUUUUCAGCUCUAUGCAGAAAAUAACAAGGGAAGCAGUGAUUCCCGGGCACGCAUGACUCGAAGGGUUUUGAGAAACUUACUAACAGACCUACAGCAGAUCCCAACUGUUGUGGGAGAGAGUUGUACUCUGUGCCCUGUGGAAAGUGCUAUCCGCAGCUGUUUCCAAGGGGUGCUGAGCUCUGGAAUCAAGGAGGAGAAGUUCCUGUCUUGGGUACAGUCUGAGUCUCUCAUCCUCCUGUGGCUCCCAACCUGCUACCGACUGUCAGCCGCAGAAAUAGUCAUUCAUCCUGUGCGGUGCAGCGUCUGCAGGAGCUUCCCAAUCACUGGACUGAGAUACCACUGUCUGAAGUGCCUCAACUUUGACAUCUGCCAGGUGUGUUUUUUAUCCGGUCUUCACAGCAAGUCCCACCAGAAGUCACAUACUGUAAUUGAGCGCUGUGUUCAGAUGUCAGCAAGAGAGAACACAAAACUCCUCCUCAGGACCCUCAGAGACAACCUGCUCCAAAAGCGCUGCAGGACAGAAGAUAUGCGAAGGCAGUGGCUGCUGGACCAGCUGGCUCCACAGGAUGCUGUUAACUAUGCACAGGCCAGGCGCUCCCUUCAACGUAACAGCCCUAAAGUCCCAGGGUAUGUGAGGCCAAUAGGCCCAGUGGAAGCAGCAGCUACAGAGUGCUCCAGACAUGUACGUCAAAGAAUAUCUCAUGCUCGGCAAGGAAAUGACAGCAACUCACACUUCCUGCCUUCAUGGAGUACCUCCCAGGAAGAACAAAGUUGCAGAUUUGAAAGGAGGAUUCAGGAGCUCACAACCAACCAGGAUAGCCUAUGGACCAAGCUGCAGAAGAUGAGGCAAGACCUACAGGCAGUGCUGCAGCCACCUUGUCCUUCAUGUUGCUCUCAAAGCAUGGCAUCUAAGAAUGGCCAGUCUUCAACUGGUAACAGGUUAUGGAGAUGAGGAGACUCUUCCCACAGCAGUAUCAAGAGUGUCACUGGGAAUGGCCCAGAAUGAGAGCCUCUUCCUAAUCUGCUGAGAAGUCUCAGAAGUCAAGCAACUGCAGGGCAAGCUCUACCAAACUCUGAACCACCCCAGAUUUUGCAGAGCACCAGGGCACAAAGCCAUGUACAAAAGAUACUGAAGGAAGGCCCCGGCUCCCCACCCACUAGUCAGGAGAGACUGCAAGACAACCUUCAGAUUUCUCCUGAUGAUAUGUGCUGUCCUGUUCCAGCACCUUCAGAAAGGAAAGAAGCAAUUCACAUCGAUGAAAGAAAGGAUGAGUUGGAAGAAGAAGAACUGCAAGAACUAUGGCCCAAACUCCUGGAUGCCUUCAAUCUAGAAAUGCCAUCAGGUCUAUACAAGUCAGUGAAUAUGGACCUAUAUGGUGGAGCAGAGCGGGUAUGCAGGGCCUUUUCUGCAUUUGUGGAUCAAAUCACUGGGCCCAACUAG